AUGGCUGCUACAACGACGUCCAGCGAAGAGAACUCUUCGAAAUUCCUGCCAUUUAAUCAUUUUCAUCCAACCGAGUUUUUAUUCAAAUGGAUCACACUUGAAGUUUUUGAUGAGGAAAUAUUGAGAACACUUCGUUCAGAUCGUCGACAUCGUCAAACUCCUCAAAUCGAAGAUUAUCCCUGUCGUGUCUUCCUAGUCGAUCAUGAGCAUGAUCUGCGUAUCCGUGUAUGGCUCAAGGAACAAGAAGCACAAGUAGAUACAUGUUCCGAUUACAUGUAUGAUACAAAUGAUACGAACCGAAUGGAACCAUGUUGGGUAUGUAAAUGGCUCGACGUCGAUAAAAAUUGGAUGAUCGAUGCGGAAGAAGUGAAUAAUGAGACAACAACUCCAAAACCUGAUUUUUACCGUUUGCAUGGUGAUCGAUAUGUACAAUUCGGAGAUGGUGGGAGUGCAUUUCUCGCGUAUCCUGUUUGGAUUCAUGAGCAACUUCCAGUCAGUGAUUCCCGUCGACAACGUUUAACAAAUACUCUUUAUGAACUAAAUGAAAAACGACAAGAUCAUCAUCCGUCGCCGUCGCCUGUUGAAGAUAUCAUUGAUCCAGAUUUGUUACCGUAUAAACCAUCGCCAGUGUUCAAUCGAGACCGAUGGAUUGAGCGACGAUUAAAACAAUUGAAAAAAUCUGACCGAGUUCUGCGAAAUUUCAAACGGGAUUUAAGCCGUGGUGAUUACAAUGACCUAUCUGAACAUGAACAAAUACGUAAUUGUUAUCAGUGGGUGCCAUCAGAGUUUGUGAUUGACAAAGAUGGUAAAGUAGAUAUUGUAACACCAAUUCAUCAUCUACCUGUAUUAACCGAAUAUAAACAUGCAUAUGGCGACAUUGCUCGUAUAUUUCACGCGAUGUUGCCUAUGUUCGAAAAACUUAAACUUAUCAAGUUGAAUAAUAUUCAAGAACAACAGCGAUUGCAAGUUAUAGUUAAAGCCCAGAGUUACAAUCUCAAAGCUGGUAUGAAAUAUUCAGGUCGAUGGCAUACUGAAGGUCACACAGAAAAUAUUAUUGCUGUUGGUGUUUAUUAUCUUCAUGUCGAUGAUCAACUCGAAGGUGGUGCACUUAAGUUUCGUCCUAGAUACGCACCUCAAGAUUAUUAUGACGGUAUUCAAACAGAUCACUGCAUAUCAUCUGUACAAACAGGUGCAGCUAUUGUAUUUUCGAAUUCCAUUCCACACCGCUUUCAACAAAUUCGAAACUUAACUUCAGAUGAUGGUCGCCGCCGGACAUUUCUCAACUUUUUCAUCGUUGAUCCCAACGAACCUAUUCCAGUGUCAUCGAACAGUAUCAUCUGUGCACCGAAAGAUGUCAUUGUUGACACACUUCAAAAAUGGAAUGCCGGGCGACUACCAGUUGUUGUCAGAGAUGAAAUAUAUCGCCUAUUGAAGAUCUCAAGUGCAUGGGAAAACGAAAACGAAGCAAAAGAAUUCCGUCGUCAUGUCCGUCGGGCAAUGAUGGACGAAAAGAGCGGAUGGGGCUGGAUCUGCUGGGGUAACUGUGGAACGACAGAAUUCGUUCGAGCUCUGUGUACAUGGCCGCCACGAGAACGAGAAGAAGUGAGAGGUCCAUUAAAUCACACAGAAUCGGAAUGA